AUGGAUUAUGUGGACAAUAUCGCCUCCGUGAAGCAAGAGCACGGGGAGAAAGUGGUGUGCUUGAAGAAGAAGUACAGAUACCCGGAGAUCAGCAGUGGGCGCGCGCAGGAUGAUGAUGAUGGUGGUGGUGAUGAAGACAUCAACAGAGGAAUCAAUGCAUUGCAUUUCGUGCAUGAAGAAAUCAGUGAUCUGAAAGCUGUGCGAGAUGCUGAGGAGGAGCUGUGUGUGUCUGACAUCGCUCUGAUUGAGAAAGACCGCGAGCUCUCGGGGGAACACGAAACUGUGCAUGGAAAUGAUACCAAACCGAAUGCUCCUGAGCUCUCUGAUGCCCGGUCAACAGGAGAGGCUGGGGUUUGCAGGGCUCCCGUCACGCCACAGGUCAUCGUUACUGGACGGAGAACAUCCAGGGGAUCUCUGCGGAGUCUGCUGGGCUCUUCUGAGGAUGGAGCCCAUGAGGCACUACCUGAGGAUGGCAGCACCCCAAAAUGCAGCCGCAAGAACUUCAUAGAGCUCAUGAUGAGCAGUUCUCCACAGGUGAGACGCUCACUGGUGCACCGUAACUCCCAAGGGCACAUGUCAGCCAGAAGCAGUGAGUUCAGAACGUCGUCUGUGGAUGAGGAUUGUGCUUCAGUAACUUUAGACCCGCUGGAGCACGAGUGGAUGAUGUGCACGGCAGACGGCGAGUGGGACAGUCUGCAGCGGCUGCUCGAGUGUGAACCCACGCUCAUCUCCAAGAAGGACUUCGUCACGGGGUUUACGUGUCUGCACUGGGCGGCCAAGCAAGGCAAACACGAGCUUUUCGCAAUGCUGGUGGAUUUCGCCAAACGGCACAGCGUCACCAUCAACGUAAACGCCCGCUCCAGCGCCGGCUACACGCCUCUGCACCUGGCAGCCAUGCACAAUCAUAUAGAGGUCAUGAAGCUUCUGGUGGGAGCGUAUGAUGCUGACGUGGAUGUGCGGGAUUACAGCGGGAAGAAAGCAGCGCAGUACCUCCGUGCCAGCGUCACAUGCGACAUCAAGGACAUCAUAGGAGCUUGUGCGAACUCUGACACAGAGAACGCAUCUGGAGCCGGGCGAUGGAAGCUUCCUAAAGUCCUACAGUCCAAUCUCAACCUCCUACGGUUACUGAACCACCCUGAAGAGAUGACAGCCGACGGUCAACCCAGGCCCAGGUCUCUGUAUCGGAAAUCCUCCAUCGGCCGCAUCAGACUGCAGAGGAACCGCUUCAAGACACAGAUCGUCCACAGCACUUCGUUCAGAGAGAACGAGGAAGGCGAGGAGUCGCUCAAGAGCCCGGUCAAAUCCAGACCCUUGUCCAAUCUGUUUGGCUGAGACGGCCGUGUGAAUAAUAGAGACCUAUGCAAAGACAUUAUUACUCUGAGAUCAGCUGAGGUGCUUGUGAACUUGGGUCUUUAUACAUACCUUUUAUAUUUUAGGAUGGACGAGGAUGAGCAACUGGAACAAAUUUUUAAUGCAAUCAUCUCCUUUAUCAAAUUAUGCACCAGUAUUUCAGUAUUAUGAAGCUCUAAAAGCGUGUAGAUUAUUUUUGAAUGGAUAUUUUCACGGAUGCACUCUUGUGUGUCAUGAUAUCAUGUUGCUGUUGCAUGUGAUUGUCCUCUUGCUCCCCUGUUUUAGUCGCUGUGCCUUUAAAUCAUCUUCUGAUCAUCUUCCAGAUGCUGGAAUGAACAUGUCUUGAGACUGUUAUCCCAUAAAUGUGAUUUCAGUGUGUUUAUGUGCCGUAGGUGAUGUUUAGAAAGCUGCUGUUUAAAUGGUUUAAGACGGAGUCUGAUUCCAUGGCCAGAAAGGAACAGUUCACCCCAAACACUGCAGUGAAUGGGUGCCGUCAGAACGAGAGCUGAU